AUGUUGGAUACGGUGUGGCCAUUUGCACGUGAUUAUGUGUUUCCACUAAUAAUGGGAGCAGUGAACAUGAUCAGGGGCGUCCGAAACGAAAUUGAUGACAUUCAAAAUGAACUAGGACGCUUUGAAGCCUUCAUCAAUGAGCAAGACAGAAAGGCUGAAGCUGAAGAUGACGAAACACGUGACAGAAUCAUAAACAGGGUGAAGUUGGUGAGAGAAGCAGUUUUUCGCAUGGAAGAUGUCAUUGAUGAAUAUGUUUCCGGCGAGGAACAACAACACCAGCCUUCGGAUCCUGGCUGUGUAGUUUUACCAUGUGAGCCUGUUGAUCACUUCAUCAAAACUAUGAUCCCUCGUCUUCAAAUAGCAUCUAAGAUUAACGGUGUUAAAUCACAAGUUCAUGAAAUCAAGGAAAGAUAUGAAAGAGAUGGCUUCCCAAUUCAAUCUUCUUUGGAACAACCACCAGAAAGUUCUAGAGGAAACCAAGACCUCGCAUCGCAUUACCUAAAAGAGCUUCCUUUAUACAUUGAGGAAGCUGAUGUUGUGGGCUUUGAAGCCCCUAAAGCUGCUUUGAUUGGUUUGUUGGUAAAGGGAAGAGCAAAGCGCACUAUCGUCUCUUUGGUAGGAAUGGGAGGGCAAGGCAAAACCACUCUUGCCAAAAAAGUUUUUGACAACAAAGAGGUGAUUGGGCACUUCAAUUGCCAUGCAUGGGUGACAGUAUCUCAGUCCUACACUGGGGAUGGAUUGUUGAGGGACAUGUUGCAACAAUUUUGCAAUGAAAAGGAGGAGAACAAACCUGCCAAUAUUUCUACAAUGAAUCGAGCUUCAUUGAUAAAGGAAGUAAGGAGGUACUUGCGGCAAAAUAGGUAUGUUAUCUUCUUUGAUGACGUAUGGAAUGAACAUUUCUGGGAUCAGAUUCAAUUUGCUUUAAUUGAUGAUAAAAAUGGAAGCAGGAUAUUUAUCACAACUAGAGACAUGCGUGUUGCAAGUUGUUGUAAAAAAACUUCUUUUGUUGAAUUGCAUGAGCUACAGCCAUUAACUCCUGAGAAAUCUUUGGAGUUAUUCUGUAGGAAGGCAUUCGGAUCUGAUCCCAACGAAUGUUGCCCACAAGAUCUUAUGGGUAUAUCUUCUGAAAUUGUUAAAAAAUGUGAGGGUUUACCUCUAGCAAUUGUGGCCAUUGGUGGUCUUUUAUCUACCAAAGAUAAAUAUCCAUUAGAAUGGGAACUUUUUAGCCAAGAUCUAAGUUUAGAGUUGAAGAAGAAUUCCCAUAUAGAUGCUGUAACAAAGAUUUUAGCUCUCAGCUAUUAUGAUUUGCCUUACUAUCUCAAGCAUUGCUUCUUGUAUUUCGGAAUAUAUCCGGAAGACUAUGAAGUUAAAGUAAAAAGAUUGUUUCGGCAAUGGGUAGCGGAGGGAUUUGUCAAAAAGGAAGGGGAAAAAACUUUGGAAGACAUUGCAAAAAAAUAUUUAACAGAGUUGGUUAAUAGAAGUUUAGUGCAAGUCUCUUCGUUUACCAUUGAUGGUAAAAUUAGAAGUUGUCGCGUUCAUGACCUAUUGCGCGACAUGAUCCAUAGAAAAUCUAAUGAUUUAAGUUUUUGCCACUUUAUUGGUAAAGAUGGUGAGCUAGACUCAAGUGGAAUAAUUAGGCGCCUAUCAAUAUCAAGGGGUGCUUUUAGUUCAAUGAGCAGUACUGAAAACAUGAGAAGUAUUGAAAGCUCAGACAUUCGAUCACUAUUUGUUUUUGAAGGUGAAGAUUUACCUGAUGAAUUUGUAAGGAGAAUCCUUACAAAACACAACCCAUUGAAGUUACUUGAUUUUCAAGAUGAACGUCGUUAUUUUGAGAAACUACAAAUUGAGGAAUCACUUCUUGAAUUUAGAAACAAGCAACUUGAUUGUUUUAUUGAGAGCUUGGGGGAUUUUAUUCACUUGAAGUAUUUAAGCUUAAAGAGUGCAAUUAAACUGACUAAUCUUCCAAAAUCAAUUGGUAAGCUUCAGAACCUGGAGACCUUGGAUAUAAGGGGUACAUAUCUCCAUGAAUUGCCGAGGGAGAUUAGCAAGCUUAAAAAGUUACGACAUCUUCUUCUGAGUGAUAAGACGUCUUUAAUUCAAUUGGAGGAUUGUAUUGGACUCAUGACAUCCCUACAAACGUUGAAAGAAGUGAAUGCUGAUGGAGUUGGAGUGAAUCUAUUUAGAGAGCUGGGAAAGCUAAGGCAGGUAAGGGAGUUGCGCAUCACUGGUGUUAGGGAAGGUGUUAGGGAAGAACACAAAAGUGCCCUAUAUUACUCAAUAAAUGAGAUGCGAGACUUGGAAAAACUAUAUAUUAUGAUAGGUUAUGGCAUUGAUUUUCCAUUCCCACCUCGUAAACUUCAAAAGCUUGUUAAAUUGUCCUUAACAUCCUCCAGUCUAACUGAUGAUUUAAUGAAAUCACUACAACAUAUGCCAAAUUUGUACUUCCUCAGUCUCAGGUGCUCUGGAUAUAAAGGUGAAAGUUUGCAUUUUCAAGAAGGGGAGUUUCAGAAACUCAAGGAACUAUACCUCGAAGGUUUAUUGAACUUGAAUUCCAUCUUUAUCGACGAAGGAGCAUUGCCUUCGCUGGAGAAGUUCCGGUUAUAUAGAACUCGUGACCUCAAGACGGUGCCCUCUGGCAUCCAAUACUUAAAGAAACUUGAAGUUCUCAAUAUGGUUAACAUGUCAACAGAAUUUUAUCAGAGCAUUGAAGCUGAUGGAGGAGAAGAGCAUCCGAUUCUCAAGCAUGUGCCCCUUGUCAGAAUUACUGCCUACCAUCAACAACGCGUAGAGAAAACCCUCAUUAUUCAGCACUCAAGGAGUUGA